UCCUUUGCUACGUUUUCUCUUCCAUCGUGUCGUGACGGCCCGUCGUCUGUCGCCCGUGACUGUUCCGUCAGCUCGAUAAAUAGGAAAAAUGGCUACUCGGCUGUUAAAGAUUAGCAACGCGCUGCGCACAUAUUCUAAUAAAACUAGUCUUGUAAAGACAUCAAAACAAUGGCGGUCAACUGCUGCUUCCUUGAGAGAAGCACUUAUCAAUCAACCAGCUACACGAGUUACAACUUUGGACAGUGGAAUGCGAGUUGCCAGCGAAGAUAGUGGAGCUGCAACAGCCACUGUUGGUCUUUGGAUAGAUUCUGGCAGUCGAUAUGAGACGGAUGAAAACAAUGGUGUUGCUCAUUUCAUGGAGCACAUGGCUUUUAAGGGAACUGCUAAACGAUCUCAAACUGAUUUGGAAUUGGAAAUAGAGAAUAUGGGGGCACAUUUAAACGCUUAUACAAGUCGAGAGCAAACAGUGUUUUAUGCGAAAUGCUUGUCACAGGAUGUACCAAAAGCUAUUGAGAUUCUCAGUGAUAUUAUACAAAAUUCUAAGCUAGGUGAAAGUGAAAUUGAAAGGGAGCGUGGUGUUAUCUUGCGUGAAAUGCAGGAGGUUGAAACAAAUUUACAAGAAGUUGUAUUUGAUCAUUUGCAUGCCGCUGCAUAUCAAGGUACAUCCUUAGGACGAACGAUAUUGGGGCCUACUGAAAAUAUCAAAAGUAUUUCUCGUGACGAUCUUGUUAAGUAUGUAAAAACUCAUUAUGGGCCACCUAGAUUUGUAUUAGCUGGUGCUGGCGGUGUGGAUCAUAAUCAAUUAAUCAAUCUUGCCGAGAAACAUUUUGGCAAAAUGGCAGGACCAGAGUAUGAUAAUAUUCCGGACUACAUUAAAUCUUGUCGCUAUACCGGUUCUGAAAUAAGAGUACGUGAUGAUACGAUUCCUCUCGCUCAUAUUGCGAUUGCUGUGGAAGGUGCUGGAUGGGCUGAGGCGGACAACAUUCCUCUUAUGGUCGCCAAUACGCUUAUAGGAGCGUGGGAUCGUAGUCAAGGAGGAGGCGUAAAUAAUGCAAGCAGUUUAGCUAAAGCUUGUGCAGAACAAGGCUUGUGCCACAGUUACCAGAGUUUUAAUACAUGUUACAAGGACACAGGACUUUGGGGUAUAUAUUUCGUUUGUGAUCCUAUGCAAUGUGACGACAUGACUUCACAUAUUCAACAUGAAUGGAUGAAACUGUGCACGUCGGUUACUGAGAAAGAUGUAGCACGUGCAAAGAACAUUCUUAAAACAAACAUGUUCUUACAGUUGGAUGGUACUACUGCUGUUUGUGAAGAUAUUGGUCGUCAAAUGUUAUGUUACAAUCGUCGUAUUCCACUUCACGAGCUUGAGAUGAGGAUAGAUAGUGUAACUGCUAAAACCAUUCAAGAUGUUGGUAUGAAAUAUAUUUUCGAUCACUGUCCAGUAAUUGCAGCAGUUGGUCCUGUUGAAAAUCUACCAGACUACAAUAAUAUUCGUGGAGCUAUGUAUUGGCUCAGGGUGUAAUUAUCUGCAAGCUGCGAAUCCUUAAUAAAUUUUAGCAUAUUAAUUAGAAAUAAAAUAAAACUGCGAUACACAUAUGUCUGUUUCUGAUAAAAUAUUCGUGCCGUAAAUUUAUUAAUACUAAUAAAUUUCUAAUACUAAUAUAAAAAUUGCAUCUUUUACCAUAUGAGAUUGUAGUUUUAUUUUUGUUUUGCAUUAACCAAGCAAAUGUUCAUCGAUGUAUAUUGUUUGGUAAAAAUAAACAUAGUCGAAAAAA